AUGAUGAGGGCUGUCAACUCUUGCAGAAGCGUGGCUGUUUCUGACGCCAUUCUCGCGGCACAAUCCACGUUCGAGGGGGGGGAGUUCCAGCCAGAGGCGUUCCCCCGGUGCGUGUGUCUGCUCCUGGAGGCGUUUGAGGGCGGGGACAACGCGAUCAAGCUCUCCGCAGCCCGCCUGCUGGAGAGGUGCCGGCCGUACUUCGGCGGGAACGUCCUCGCGGUUGAAGUCGCGCAGCGUGUUUCCCAAGUGCUUGGAUACCACGAUGACCCCACGACGAGAGAGCUGUGCCUUGAUGUUCUCUCUGCGGUGACGUUCGGAACGGGAGGGCUUCCCCGCGGAAUCCUGCUCGACAUCGGCCGCUCUCUUCGAAGCCCGUUCCUCGCUGUAUCCGGAGACCUACCGUCGACCGAGCUUUGGGAAUCCCUCAAGGUGUUUCUACUCGACGAGGACACCUCCACCUCCUCCUCCUCCUCCUCCCCGCCUGAGACCCAGCUGAAUGUCACUGCCCUGGUGGACCUGGUUCUGCACCGCCUCCGAAGCAAUAGCUCCGCUUCCGGGCAGGCUUCCGCCGCCGCCGCCGCCGCCGCCGCUCCGGGCGCCAGCAACCCAGCCCUGCGCGCAAUGGCCGUGGACUUCUUCGUGUCCCUGAUCCAUGUGGAGGCCGUCGAGAGGAGCAAGUUCGCGAUGGCGGCCGCCGAGGCGGCGGUGGAGGCGGCGGCGGUCGCCGAGAGGGAGGAGCAGGCCCGCAAGCAGGAGGCUCAAGACGAGCCGAGGAAGAAGGAGGAUGCCACCAGCGGCGGCGGCGGCGGCGGCGGCGGCGCUUCCGCUUCCGCUUCCGCCGCAAAGGCGGCACCGAGGGCUACCCCGCCGACCCCCGGGAGGAGCUCCGUCUGGCGCCUGCUGGACGCGGUCUCCGCCGCCUCGGAGGCCCACGGCGAGAAGGCCGAGCUGCUCUCGGUGCUCGGGGCGCCGGCCGUGGCGGUCGCCGUGCUGGAGGCGGAGGCCGUGGCGGGAGCGAAGAGCGCCGGGAAGAUGGCGUCUACGUUAUCCUCCUCGAGCGUGCUGCUGCUGGCUUGCGCGUCGUCGCUGGUGAGCUACUCCGGCGCCGCCUUCCGGGAGACGCCGUUCUACCCGGCGGACGGCGGCAUCAGCGACUCCGCCGCGCGGCGAGACAAGGCCCUGGCGGCGCUGGCGGAGUUCGCGGCGGAUGGCGUUCUCUCCUCGCUGCCCGUGCUCCGCCUGCUGUCUUCCAGGGGAAUCAGCGGCGGCGGGCCGGCGGCAGCGGCGGGCGCGAGGCUGCUGUUGCCGCAGCUGCGCGCGCUGGCCGCCGUCCACGCGUGGCCGCGCCAAAGAGUAGCCUUAGCCGUCGCGAGGAGUCUCCGGAGAGUGCCUCCGACGUCAGCUCUUGCCGUGGAACUGGCGGUGCUGGUGUCUCACGUGGUGAGGGCCGGCGAGGGUGACGACAAGGGGAGCGGGGGUGGGGGUGGGGGAGCGGGGGCGGGGGGCGAAAGACUGGGCGACCUGGAGAGGGUGCUGUGGGAGCUACUCUUUGGACGGCGGUUUUGCGACGAUAACCCGAAGGCCGCCGUGGGCAUCGCCGUCGCGCUCAUGCGACACCACAGAGGCUCGCUCAGCCGACAGUCCACCCUGUCCUCAGCGCUCGUUGGAGCCAUGGGUGGCGGCGGCGGCGGCGGCGGCGGCGGCUUGGCUAGUGACAACGACGCCGGUUCACCUUCAUCUGCUGCUGCCUCUGGAGGCGAAGAUGACCCCGGAACCGCGGCCGCGGGAAGCGGAGGGGCAGAAGCGGGGAAGAGGUGCCCGGCAGAGCCGGAGGGCACCGACCCGAUCGUCCUCGACCCGUGGUUCCAGCUGGUGCUCUGCCGGGAGUGCAUGCUUCACGGGUUUUUCGAGGCCGCAGGGGCCGGCCUGCGCAGGCUGCGGGACGGGGGCCGACGGAAGGGAGGGGGAGCGGUGCUGCCGGCUUCUGACACGGUCUGGGCGUGGACGGAGGUGCUGGGAAAGGUUUCCGCGGCGGAGGCGUUCUUUGGGGGUUCCCCCGACCCGGUUGCUGCGCACGCCUGUGCGGCUCACGAGACCGCGCUCGCCGCGGAGUUGCUGGCUUCGAUCCCCCGCCGGCCAGCAGGACCCUGGGGAAACGGCCGCCGGUCACCGUCGGUGCAACCGCAGUCUGUCCCUGCUGCCGCGGCGGGCCAAGGGGGUGAGGGCGGCGUCGCUGGCGUGUUUCGUGGCGGCGGCGGCGGCGACUUGUUCGCGUUUCAGAGGGGGUUCUUGCUAGCCCGCGCCGAGCUGCUGCGGCUGCUGGGUGCCUGCUGGGGCAUGUGCCAGGACCUCUCGGCGACGCGGACCAACCGGUACGCCCGCAACAGCCGGAGGGAGGCGCGCUGCCGCCGCCUGCCCGCCGCCUUCCGCCGCCUGGCCAGGGACUUCCGCCUCCUAAGGGGCUUCGCCCCGGGUGCGGGGUCGACGACUUCGGAGCCCCUCCGAGCGGCGUCCUGCCUCUGCUUGUUCCUCGCCAUCGCUGCGGACGCGCUGCUGAGCCAGGGAAAGUCGGUCUUUGUGGGUUCGAGGGAGAAAGGCAGCAACAAGAAGAAGACCUGGAGGGGCUGGCUGGAGCGAUUGGUGGCCGCGGGGGCGGAAGAGGAGGAGGAGGAUCGGGUCGGAGGCGGCGAGACUGAGGGCGCGCUGUUGAAGGCCGUGCGGUUGCUCGGCUCAAGGCUGCUUGGACUCUCGGACCCUCCAAAGGCUUCUAUCGGGCGCGUGGCCUUCUCGAGCAUCCUGGAGUCGGUGCGCGGCACCCCGUUCCCGAUACCGAGAGCGUUCUUCCGGACGGGGGUGUCCCCUCGAGUCGCCCUGUCGGCUCUUCCCCCCGCCCCGGCGGCCAGCCUGACGGGUCCAGAUGGCGUUGCCGCCGACGGCACCGGCAGUGCUCCUUGGGGAGGACAACCUCCGCCCCCCCCCCACCAGCAGGCGUUUGACGAUUUCCCGCCGCCUUUGUCGUCAUCACCUGUUGCGAUGGCGGCUACCGCCGACGAGCCGAGCGGCGGCGGCGGCGGCAUGAGCGUGGGGGAGAAGCGGCAGCGGAGGGACGGCGGCGCUGGGGCGAGGUACUACGGGCCGUCGUGCCGCCUUCGAGCCGACGUCGCGGAGGCGGAGCGCUCCCGCCGCCCCCGGUUGCCGCUAAUAUCCGCCGCCCCGGCUGUUUCGACAGCGGCGGGGUCGUCGCCUCCGCUAUCGCACUCUUCGCGCUGCCCCAACUCCGGCGGCGGCGGUCCGAGGAGAAACCCGUCGAGCCUGUCCUUUUCGGCCUCCGAAGCUUGGUGGGCGCAGCUGGUGCGGGAGGAAGUGAUGCUCGCUGCUGCUGCUGCCGCCACCCCCAGCGGGCAGGCGGGUGUCGGCGCAGGCGGGAUCUGGCGCUCGCACGCCGUCGGGCAGACGGGAGGAGCCGGGGUGUGGCUGCUGCAGGGUACGGUGUGUCGGGGCAGGGGGACGGGUGGGGUCCUGCCUGCUGUAUCGGAGGUGGUCUUGAAGAUUUCGGUCGAGCUGCCGCCUGCGGCUGUCGCAAGCGGGGGGGGCGCGGAUUCGCUGAGAUCUCAGGGGGACCCAAAGCGGGGGAUCUCCGCGGCGACUAGAAAAUGGUCCAAAGAGGUGGUGGCGGAAAUGUUCGGCGCCCCGGCCGACUCCAGCACCGUCCUCUGCUUCCGCGCACAGGUUCACCUGCCUGCAUUCUCACCACCGUCCCUGCCGACCGCGCGCAACGGCGGCGGCGCGGCUAACUCCCCCGCUAGCGGCGGCGGCGGCGGCGGCGGCGGCAGUGCCGGCGUCGGUGGCGUGAUGGAGGUGACCGUGUGCCUGAGGAGCCGCGGGAAGCAGCAGCACGACGAAAGGGCUAACGACACCGGCUUCGUGGCGCUAGGGAGCAGCAGCCGCGGCGGCGCCGACGCCCACGGAAGCGGCGGCGGCGGGAACGGGGAGAAGGAGGUGUGGACGGUGGGGAAGGUCGCCGUUCCGUUGCCCCCAACGCCGACGUGGUGA